AUGACUGUCCGAAACAUCGCAUCCAUUUGUAAUAUGGGCACCAAUGCCUCUGCUCUGGAGAAAGACAUCGGCCCAGAGCAGUUUCCCAUCAAUGAGCACUACUUCGGAUUGGUCAAUUUUGGAAACACAUGCUACUGUAACUCGGUGCUGCAGGCGCUUUACUUUUGUCGACCUUUCCGGGAGAACGUCCUGGCGUACAAAGCCCAGCAGAAGAAGAAGGAGAACCUGCUCACAUGCCUGGCAGACCUGUUCCACUCCAUCGCCACGCAGAAGAAGAAAGUGGGGGUCAUACCACCCAAAAAGUUCAUAUCACGACUGCGCAAAGAGAACGAUUUGUUUGAUAACUACAUGCAGCAGGACGCCCACGAGUUCCUAAACUACCUCCUCAACACGGUGGCGGACAUCCUGCAGGAGGAGAAGAAGCAGGAGAAGCAAAAUGGACGCCUUAAGAACAAUGGCACAGCCAUCACCACGACAACGGAACCUGACUCUGAGAAUAAGACCGAGCCCACCUGGGUCCACGACAUCUUCCAGGGCACGCUGACCAACGAGACGCGGUGCCUCAACUGCGAGACGGUGAGCAGUAAAGACGAGGAUUUCCUGGACCUGUCUGUGGAUGUAGAGCAAAACACAUCGAUCACUCACUGUCUCAGGGACUUCAGUAACACAGAGACGCUGUGCAGUGAAUACAAGUACUACUGUGAGAUGUGCUGCAGCAAACAGGAGGCACAGAAACGGAUGCGUGUGAAGAAGUUGCCCAUGAUCCUGGCGCUGCAUCUGAAGAGGUUUAAGUACAUGGAGCAGCUGCACAGAUACACAAAGCUCUCGUACCGCGUGGUUUUCCCUCUGGAGCUGCGCCUCUUCAACACCUCCUCAGACGCUGUCAACCUGGACCGCAUGUACGACCUGGUGGCGGUGGUGGUGCACUGCGGCAGUGGUCCAAACCGGGGUCAUUACAUCACCAUAGUGAAGAGUCAUGGCUUCUGGCUGCUGUUCGACGAUGACAUUGUGGAGAAAAUCGACGCACAGGCCAUAGAGGAGUUUUAUGGGCUCACGUCAGACAUCUCCAAAAACUCUGAGUCCGGUUACAUUCUCUUCUACCAGUCCCGGGAGUGA